AUGUCUUUUGCCUAUUCCAUAAUCGGCUGCUUUCUUGCAAUCUCCCAAGUUGCAGUAAACGGUACAUUCAAGGGUAGUGUAACUGGAGGGAGCAGUGGAAAUGUGUCAACAACAGAAAAAGCAUGGGGAAUUUUCCAAGCUCUUGGUAACAUAGCCUUUGCUUAUUCAUAUGCUCAAAUUCUCAUCGAAAUUCAGGAUACCAUAAAAAAUCCACCAUCUGAAGUAAAAACAAUGAAGAAGGCAACAACUUUAAGUAUUACUGUGACUACCGCAUUUUACAUGCUUUGUGGUUGUAUGGGCUAUGCUGCAUUUGGAGAACAAGCACCAGGGAACUUGCUCACUGGAUUUAGUACGUACAAUCCAUCUUGGGUCAUUGAUUUAGCGAAUGCAACCAUCGUGAUUCACGUUGUUGGAUCAUACCAAGUAUAUGCUCAACCUGUGUAUGCCUUUGUAGAGAAAUGGGCAGCAAAACGAUGGCCUAAAACAAAAGUGAAUUUCAGAGUUUUUGGUGGUUACAAUCUAAAUUUAUUUAGAUUAGUUUGGAGAACAUUUUUUGUGAUCAUAGCUACUUUUGUUGCAAUGUUGAUUCCUUUUUUUAAUGAUGUUUUGGGAUUUAUUGGAGCAAUAGGGUUUUGGCCAUUAACGGUUUAUUAUCCGGUGGAGAUGUAUAUCGUGCAGAAGAAGGUUCCAAAAUGGAGUAGGAAAUGGAUUUGGUUGAAAAUAAUAAUUCUUGUAUGCCUUAUUGUAUCAACUUUGGCUGCUCUUGGCUCAAUUGCUAGCAUUGUGGUUGACCUAAAGAAAUACAGGCCAUUCGUCACAGACUCUUGA